UUAUUCUCGCAACAGUCUUCUGUAGCUACGGGAAAAGCAACGGCAGAAAGCGAGUUGCAGGCUAUAUCCAGCAGUAGCAAGCUCGAAACCCAGAUGGCGUGUCCUCACGAAACCCAGGAAGACCAAUUUUCGCACUCAGGAGUUUCUGACGAGGAAGUUAUCUGCGAACAAUCACUCGAAAUCCAUAUGGCGACUCCUCAAGAAUCCCAGGAAGACGAAAUCCAGAUGGCGACUCCUCAAGAAACCCAGGAAGACCAAUUUCCGCAUUCAGGAGUUUCUGAAGAGGAAGUUAUCUCCGAACAAUCACCUGCGGCUACAAAAGUAGGAGAAAACCCAGCAGAACAAGAAGAUGAAGAGGACGAGGAGGAAAGUGUAAGCGAGACGCCAAGCCAGCCAAAAAGAAGAAAAAGGGCAGAUGGUUCACUAAAACAAGGAGUAGCUAGAAUUGUCCGUGGUGAAACUCAAGAAGAUCUCGAGCGAUACGUGUCUAGCUUGGAGUUCAGGUCUUACAAAGACAAUUUGAAUAUCUUGCACGCGCAAAGCGUUUUAACAUGCGUGGAAGGAAUUCCGCAACAAGAAAUGAUACAAAACAUAGUAUCUAUGACUGAGAAAUUGAAGGGAGAUAUUUCCCAUCCUUUUCUGCAGCAAAUUCAAUUAGCUAGACAGCUUGAGAGCUUAAGCAAAAUUCGAGAUGAACAUAUCUUGAAUACUGCGAAGUGGCUGGUUGACGAAGGAAUGGUAUCCUCUCAAGCUGUCUAG